GUUAAGAAUACAGUUAUUAGAAAAUCAUCUGUAAAGAAAUGAGAAAGCUCAAGAAUAAGAAUGUUCAUCGGUGUGAGUCCUGCUGGCAGUUGGCCUUGGUGGUGGUGACAGUUCUGCUGAAAUUAAUGGAAGGUGUUGUGAUCGGUGUAAUCGGCUGGAAGAGCCAUCAUAACUGCACUGAGGAGGAUUUCUUUAAUCAAACGUCAAAAAUAAAUUUACAUAAUACUGAACAAGAUCGACAGAACCUGCCUAAUUUACAUAAUAUUGAACAAGAUCGACAGAACCUGCCGAGUUUACAUAGUAUUGAACAGGAUCGACAGAACUUGCGUCAUGCAAUCUCUCAUUUGUGUGUCACAGCACAAUCCACUUGCAAACUUUGUCCACUUAACUGGAUUGGUGUCAAUAACAGAUGUUACUUUUUUUCGAGUGAGAGAAAGACUUGGAAAUUAAGUAAAGUGAGUUGCAUGGAAAUGAAGGCAGACAUUGUUUCUAUGGAGGACUCUGAUGAACAGAAAUUUAUUUAUGAACAAGCUUUAUUAAAGAAAGGUCAUUUCUGGACUGGUCUUCAGAAAAAUGGUUCUAUUUGGCACUGGCAGACUGGAAAAGAACUGCAGGGAGAUGUAUCAGUCAAAGAGGGAACGACUCCGCACGACUGCAGCACUUUGAGUGAAAAUAAGUUUUUUGCCGAAUUCUGUAAUAAUCCAAACAAGUGGAUAUGUGAAAAGGAAAUGACUGAAUACAGCUUGUAGGAAAAAAUAUUAGAAGAAGAAAAGGAUGUGCAUGCAGAACGAUGAAAGAGAAGAAAUUAAGAUUAAUGUUCUUGACAUCUAUGUAGCUCUCAGAGUUGAUCCAUUUAAAAAGCAUCAAUGUGAA